UUUUACGAUUCCUUGCACUAUUGGAAAUAUUUCCAUUAACAAUGCUUUAUGUGAUCUUGGUGCUAGUAUUAAUCUCAUGCCUUUGUCGAUUUUCAAGAAGCUAGGAUUGGGAGAAGUGAAGCCAUCUACGGUAACCUUGCAAUUAGCGGAUCGUUCGAUAACAUAUCCCAAGGGAAUUGUUGAGGAUGUGCUUGUGAAGAUUGAUAAAUUUAUAUUUCCAGUGGAUUUCGUUGUGUUGGAAAUGGAGGAAGAUAACGAUGUGCCAUUGAUUCUAGGAAGACCGUUUCUAGCGACUGGAGAUGCCUUGAUUGACGUAAAAAAUGGAGAACUUACUUUGCGUGUUAAUGAUGAGCAUGUGUCGUUUUAUAAGGCUAUGAAAUUUCAUGAUAAUAACGCGCAUUGUAACUUUCUUGAUACUAUAGAUUCAUGCGUUUUGUCCCAUCUUGAUCAUGCAUUGUCUAGAGAUUCUUUGGAAUAUGGAUUGAUUAAUUCUUGUUCUCCUAAUGAUUCGAUACUUGAAUAUGUGUUUUCUUUGGAUUCUAUGCAGGAGGAAAGCGAGCCAAAAGAGAUUUUGAGUUUUGGGAUCGAAAAGAAGAAGAAAAGAUGCGAAAGUAGGCUCUGCAGGGGUGACACGGACUGUGACACGACCAACCAGCCCGUGUCAAGUGGUCGUGUCAAGAACCUGGAAGUUAAAAAAUCUGCCCAGAUUCGACACGACCUGCGACACGGGCCAUGUCAGGUGGACGUGUCAGGUCAUCAGAGAUGUGUUUUUGAGCACGGAACGCGACACGACCCGAACAACCAAGCACGACCC